AUGGCUACGACUGUAGAUCCUUUGGUGGUGGGCAGAGUGAUCGGGGAUGUGGUGGACAUGUUUAUACCCACCGUUAACAUGUCUGUUUAUUACGACUCCAAACAUGUCACCAAUGGCUGUAAUAUCAAGCCUUCCGUUGCUGCUAAUCCUCCCAGAGUCGUCAUCUCAGGCCACGCUGAUAAACUUUUUACUCUGGUGAUGACAGACCCAGAUGCACCUAGUCCCAGUGAACCCUCCAUGAGGGAGUGGGUUCAUUGGAUAGUCACUGAUAUUUCUGGAAAUAACAGACCUAUCCGAGGAAGAGAGAUCUUGGCAUAUAUGGGACCACGGCCACCGGUUGGCAUCCACAGGUACAUAUUGGUUCUUUAUCGCCAGAAAGUAGCACUAGGUCAGAUUGAGCAGCCCGUGUCACGCGCCAACUUCAACACACGAGCAUUCGCACAUCGACUUGACCUUGGCUUGCCGGUAUCAACCGUUUAUUUCAAUGCCCAGAAGGAACCAGCGACUAAGAAGCAUUGA